AUGGAUAAACUUCAGUUUUUAAAACUGCAAAAUGACUUAUUGGAAGAAUUUAGACAAAAUAUAAUUGAUGGUGAAAUUGAAUCAAGUGAAUAUUUGUUAGAAAUGCUGUGUACAUUGCAUUACAUAUCAUACACUCUUUACAAUUGGGGAACAAAUAUGCACUUUUUAUCUCUAUUAAACUAUCAAUGUGAAUUAGAAAAUGAAGUGAGAAGUAGGAGUGAAAGUGAGUUUACAGAAAUAUUAGAAACUGCAGACACWGUAUUUGACGAUUCAAUAAGAUUAUACAAUUCAGGAAUAGAUCAUUUACUCAACUAUCUAACAGAAAAUAUUAUGACUAAAGUUAAAUAUAAUUCAAAACAGUAUAAACGUGAUAGGUUAUUAGAAGCUUCUAGAGUUCUAAAUUUUGAACCUAAUUUUAAACCAGUUAUAUUAAAACAGAAUGAAGUUUCAGAAAUACUGCUGCGUCGUAUUGAACACGGAAAUGCGCUUGAAAUGGGAUGA